GAAGCGGCUGCUGCUGCAUUCUGGGAGAUGUAGUUUGUAAUGAUUGGCGGGUGUGAGGGCUCAACGGUUUUCUGAGAAGAUUUUCAUAUUUGGGAAUGAGGUUCCUUCAGCAAAGCCCAGGUAACAUUAAGCCAUCUCAAAUGCACUCUCCGGUUGCUGAAGCGACGGAGACGCCUGCUCUGAUUUCUCUGCAACGUUUGGAAUCGGACAAUGUUGGUAAGUUGAAGUCCGGGCAACACGCACUUCGCCUGUGACCAGCAGGGAGUAAAGCGGUGGCUUGAAUUUCAUUCGCACGGCGACCUCAACAACUCAUCUAACUCCAGAGUACUUCACCCAUCAUUGGACCAUCCCAUAGCUAAGAUGUCCCAAUCUUCACCAGCAGAUGAAGGCCCUACGUUUGAACAUCUCUGGAGUAGUUUAGAACCAGACAGUACUUACUUUGAUAUCCCACAAACCAACCUCUCUGGCAGCAAUGAGGCUGUGCCAAACUUACCGCAGAACCGAACCGAAGUGUGCAUGGACGUCUUUCAGAUGAGAGAUAUGAGUGAUUCUGUGAUGUCCCAGUUUAAUUUGCUAAACAGCAGCAUGGAUCAGAGUAUCACCAACCGUGCAUCCUCCGCCAGCCCUUACAACUCGGAGCACACCUCGAAUGUCCCGACGCCGUCUCCCUACUCACAGCCAAGCUCCACGUUUGACACUAUGUCGCCAGCUCCAGCAAUCCCUUCCAACACAGACUAUCCAGGACCACAUUUAUUUGAAGUAACUUUUCAGCAAUCAAGUACUGCUAAGUCAGCUACCUGGACCUACUCUCCACUGCUGAAGAAACUGUAUUGUCAGAUUGCAAAAACAUGUCCAAUCCAGGUGAAACUGACCUCACCACCACCUCCAGGUAGUGUGGUGCGUGCAAUGCCGGUCUACAAGAAGGCUGAGCAUGUGACCGAAGUGGUGAAACGCUGCCCCAAUCAUGAACUUGGCAGAGACUUCAAUGAUGGCCAGUCCGCUCCAGCGAGUCACCUGAUCAGGGUGGAAGGAAACAACCUUGCUCAAUACAUUGAUGAUGCUGUCACAGGACGGCAGAGCGUCUUGGUGCCAUUUGAGCCUCCACAGGUAGGAACAGAGUUCACUACAAUUCUCUACAAUUUCAUGUGCAACAGUAGCUGUGUAGGUGGAAUGAAUCGAAGACCUAUCCUCAUCAUCAUCACCUUGGAAACAAGGGAUGGCCAGGUUCUUGGACGCCGGUCAUUUGAAGGUCGAAUCUGUGCUUGCCCAGGAAGAGAUCGGAAAGCAGAUGAGGACCAUUACCGUGAGCAGCAAGCCAUCAAUGAGAGUGCAGCAAAAAAUGGAAAUGGUAACAAACGCACCUUCAAACAGACACCACAGGGAGUUCAGGGGCCUAAUGCGGGUAUCAAAAAGAGGAGGCAUGGAGACGAGGAAUUUUUCUAUGUACCUGUACGAGGACGAGAAAAUUUUGAAAUCCUCAUGAAGAUCAAGGAGAGCCUGGAGCUGAUGGAAUUGGUACCUCAGCAACUUAUCGAUUCAUACCGGCAGCAGCAACAGCAACUGCUACAACGCCAACAGCAGGCUUCAUCAUCUUAUGGGGCAGUGAUACCACCCACAAGCAAGGUACCCAACAUGAUGAACAAACUGCCUUCUGUCAACCAACUGGUGGGACAGCCUUCCCAGCACAGCCCAAGUACCUCAGCCAACCUUGGACACAUGGGCCCAACUCUAAUGAACAGCCACCAUCAUCAUCACCAUCAUCAUAUACCAACUAAUGGUAAUGUGAAUGGAGGAAAUUCCUCACAGUCAGCAGGCAUGGGGCCAACUUCACACUGCACUCCUCCCCCACCCUACACUGCAGACCCAGCUUUAGUCAGUUUUUUAACAGGUCUGGGCUGUCCUAACUGUCUGGAAUAUUUCACCUCACAAGGGCUGCAGACAAUGUACCACUUGCAGAACCUUUCCUUGGAGGAUCUGGGAGCACUAAAGAUUCCAGAACAGUACCGCCUUUUGAUUUGGAGAGGGCUUCAGGAGUUCAAACAGGGACACGACUAUAGCUCGCAGCAGCUGAUCAGGUCAAGCAACAACACCGGCACAAUAAGUGGGGAACUGCAGCGCCAACGGGUGAUGGAAGCUGUCCACUUCAGAGUGCGUCAUACCAUCACCAUUCCCAAUCGGGGGGAUGACUGGGGAGACUUUGGUUUUGAUGUACCAGACUGCAAGACUCGGAAACAGUCAAUCAAAGAGGAGUUUACUGAGAGUGAGCUAAAUUAAAGACAAAAAAGGGAAAUGCCGAUAAGAGAAACUCUGCAGUUUUUCAUUUUGCUAAAAGCACUGACUGUUGUAAAAUAAGCUGAGUGUGUACAUACCAUAUAUGCUGUAGUGCUACAAACCGUUGUCCCUGGUGGGUUCAUACCCAUGCACAUUGAAUACUUUAUUUGCAAAGCAAAAGGGUUUGGAUAAUCAAACAUGGGUCAUUGGAUCACCUCCUCGUUUUUUCUUGCAGCUAACCUGAAAGCUACAUGUUUUUCUUCUUUCCUUGUCCUUUGCCUUCAUACAAUCAAUUCCAAUCAGGAAGACAGAUUCUCUCCUUCCAGAAGUGCCACAAUCCUUAUAUCCCAUCAAUCCAUGAAUACGGGUCUAUGGAACUUAUUCCAUUUAAACUCAGCAAUUUCCACAUUCCUCCUACCUCCAUCUUUAUCUUCUGUUAAUCUCUUAAAUGUGACAUUCAUUCACUUGCUGGUCUCCCAAAAUAUAUUUCUAAACAGUCAAGGCUUGUCAGUUCACUACAGGAGGGGUGGGUUUGCUGUUCCUCAUUAUUUAUAAAAUUGUAAACUUCCAUAGUUCAGAUUUUUUUUUCCUUGAUGAUAAAGAAAAUGUUUGGUAACGUGAAUGAAAUGUGUUCUUAAAUUUUACAGAUACUCAGAUCAGAAAACUUAUCAGCUCAAUUGGAGAUCUCCCCACGCUUAUCUAUCACCCUUCUGGUUUUUAUGCACACUCAGUUAGUGAUAUCUUGUGGGAUAGUGAACAUAGUUAAGAGAAAGGAUUGAAGCAGAAUGAAUAAGGAAAUGUGUACAUUUUAGGCUUACCAUUAAAGUGAAGUUAUUUCUGUGUCCCAGGAGGACAGGGAGGAGUUUGAUGGUUUAUUGGAUGAGGGCAGUCUCUUAACAACUCUGGGCCAGUUAAAUAAACACUGGAAAUAUGGAAUGAAACAGAAAAUGCUGGAUAUAUACUGCAGCCUUAUUAGCAUUGAGAGAAGAUAGAUUAACUUUUCAGUUAUGGAACUAAAAACUGGAAUGUAAACAACCCCUCUAAACAUAUUCCAAAGAGUUCAAUAUUUUUCUUAAGUAUUUGUUGUAUUUCCUUUUGCCAAAAUAAACACCCAGUGGAUAGUAUCUUGUGCCUUCACGCAUGGCAAGUUUGGUGAUGGGGGAAGCAUUUAAAAGGGUCAUGUGCAGAGACUUCGCUCCUUUCCUGCCUGCAUCCCCAUUAAGUCCAUGACUGGAAGAUGUAUGGACAGUCUAACCACCCCCUGUCAAAUGAGAACUUGCAUGGCUAUUUUCACCCCAUUAAGGACCUCAGUCCAUGAUUUCUGGUCUAGCAUAUGGAUGUGUUUGGGGUGUCGCCCGUUCAAAGGCAUGCAGUGCUCAAUUUGAAAUCCAGCAUCGGGAAGGGUAGUGGAGCAGAAUAGUAGGUGGAGAUACUUAUGCAUUUGCUGCUGACCCUACUAGAACGCCCUUACUGCCAUCAUUGCCUUUGCCCUGUGUCUGUCCAUGAUAUUAGGCCUUGAAGUGUGUGUUGUACUGAUAACAAUCACCACCUCCGCAUUGACUUUGCCAUUCACAGGAGUUGCUGGCGAGGAGCUCUUGGCUUGUGAGACUUCUCCGGGGACCUUGAAUCCUGGCAAGGUCUAUCACUGGCCUGUUAAAUGUCUGAUUGGCAAAUGUGGUGGGCCAUCUCAAAAAGAGGCAGUUUAGGGCUCUUAGACAACAAGGUGCAGAGCUGGAUGAACACAGUAGGCCAAGCAGCAUCAUUAGGGCUCUUACUGGCUGUCUAGUCACUGCCACAAUAUGAUCCAAUAAUCUUGAUACGAUCAAGUUCUCUAAAGGGAUUGCUGACCUUCCAGUUCCUGUAAAGCAUCUACACCCAAAUGUGUUUUUCUUCUUCUCAACUCUUUGGCAUGAAUUUAAAUUGAGCUAGACUAAUGGGAUGACAGCUGUCCCACCAUCAUCAACCAAUCUGUUAGGGACCAAUUGGUUAAUCAGAACUCACCAAGUUAACUCUUGCUCCAGUCCACCGCAAAGCAUCAAUGAAAGGAAAUUUGUAGAAGGUAAAACAGGUUGCCAUUUUGCUAUUUUUUCAGUGCUACUGUCCAAGAGGAAUUUAAAUUCCAUUUAUGGCUGUCGAUCCUUCACCUAACCUUUAAAAUCUAUAUGAAGUCUAUCCUUAGGGGUAGCACUGCUGCCUCACAGCACCAGGGACCUGGGUUCGAUUCCAGCCUUGGGGGAUUGUCCGUGUGGAGAUUGCACAUUCUCCCCGCGUCUG